AUGGGACUGCGAUCGUCUUGGCGGUUUAAUACACAAACCAUAGCCCAUGAUGAUGAGUGCUCUGCCUUGCUGCAAUUCAAGGGUAGCUUUACGAUAAGAAAAUCUGCUUCUGAUGAGCUUUUUGCAUAUCCAAAGACUGGAUCUUGGAUGCGAGAAGGAGAUCAAAAUCGGAGCAACUGUUGUUUGUGGGAUGGUGUUGAGUGCCAUGAGGAGUCUCGCCAUGUCAUUGGCCUUGACCUCAGGAGCAGCUUUCUUUAUGGUUCUAUCAAUUCCAACAGCAGCCUCUUUCAACUCGUUCACUUACAGAGGCUUGACCUCGCAGAUAAUGACUUCAAUUUCUCUCCAAUACCAUCACGUUUAGGUCAUCAUCUUACAUGUUUGACGUACCUAAACCUCUCAUAUUCCGUAUUUUCUGGCCAAAUUCCAAUCGAAAUUUCAAAGCUAUCAAAGUUGUCAACCCUUGAUCUGUCUUCUAAUAAUGAUUUGGAGCUUAAGAGAACCAACCUGAGAAGCCUAAUCCAAAACUUCACCAGCAUAAAAGAACUUGAUCUCAGCGACGUGGGCAUACAUUCCACCGUUCCUGAUAUCCUGAGGAAUGCAACUUCUCUCACAGUUCUCUCACUUAGGACAUGUCAGUUGUAUGGGGAAUUCCCAAUAGGUAUUUUCCAGCCACCAAACUUAGAGGUACUUGAUUUGUAUGAAAACUUCAACCUAGCCGGUUAUAUUCCUACCUUUAACAAGACCAAUUCCUUCAAGGUAUUGGAUGUUGCCGAGACGAGUUUCUAUGGUCAGUUGCCUAAUUCUAUCGGAAACCUUCAUUCCUUAAACACUUUGAGCAUCUCAUUUUGCAAUUUUUAUCCCCGUGUUCCAUCUUCCCUCAGAAACCUUACACAGCUCACUUACCUUGACAUUUCUUCAUUCUACGACAUUGACCAUACUUAUUCCAACAAAACAAGCCAAUUAGUUCCGGAUUCCUGGUCUUGGAUCGGAAAGCUAAUGAAACUUCAUGUCUUGGGGCUUGCAUAUUCCAACUUAUGGGGAAAUUUUCCAUACUUCGUGGCUAACCUAACGCAACUUGCAUAUCUAGACUUGAGCUUUAAUGAUAUAAGUGAGUUUCCUGAGUUUUUAAAGAAUCAGCACGAAUUGUUUGAUCUACACCUUUCUGCUAACAAAAUUCAUGGCCAAAUACCAAAAUGGUUCUGGAAUGCAACUAGAGAAAAUUUGGUGAAUCUCGACCUCUCCUAUAACUUCCUAACAGGAUUUGACCAAAACUCGCUCAAUAUUCUUCCAUGGAAAAAUAUGAAGUACUUUAAUAUUGAAUAUAACAGGUUAGAAGGAUCACUGCCAGUUCUACCACAAUCAAUCGUAAGUUUUGACGCUGGAAACAAUAUUUAUACUGGAGAAAUUUCACCGUUGUUCUGCAACUUGAAUUAUCUCCGGCUUCUUGGUUUGUCCAACAACAACCUGAAAGGCAUACUUCCACAAUGUUUGGGGAACUCCAGUGCUAUGGAAAUAUUGCACCUGCCCAACAACUCUUUUCACGGCAAUAUUCCUCAAAUAUGUGCAAACAGAAAUAGUUUGAGAAAGGUUGAUUUGAGUUACAACAAGUUGCAAGGGAAGCUGCCAAGAUCAAUGGCCAAUUGCAUUCAGUUAGAGUUUCUCAACCUUGGAAAUAAUCACAUUAACGACAUCUUCCCAUCCUGGUUAGGGUCACUUCCAGUAUUAAGGGCUCUUCUUUUGCGGUCUAAUAGAUUUCAUGGAGAGAUUGGGAAGCCUCCGACAAACCAUGAGUUCCCAAACUUGUGCAUCAUUGAUCUAUCAAACAAUGGUUUUUCCGGUAUGUUGCCCUCUAUUUACUUACAGAACUGGAAUUUCAUGAAGCUUGUUAACGAGACCAAUCAAACUUAUUUUGAAGUCUCUUCAACCCGAGGCUCAAGUGAUAUCUAUUAUAUAUUACCGUACUCGAUGACGAUUAAUGCAAAAGGUGUUGAGUUAAAAUAUUUGGAGACACCUUAUCUUUUGAGACUCAUAGAUCUUUCAAGUAAUAGAUUUGAAGGUGAGAUUCCUGGUGUCAUUGGGAAUCUAACAGGGCUUCAUUUGCUGAACCUCUCCAACAACAUUCUCACUGGUCUCAUUCCCUCAUCUCUAGGGAACUUGACAUCUCUGAAUCAUUGGAUCUCUCUGAAAACCAGCUCUCAGGAAGGAUCCCCAGCAAUUUGGUACGACUCAAUUUUCUUGCAUAUUUCAACGUAUCCCACAACCGGCUAUGGGGGCCUAUACCACUCGGCCAACAAUUUGGUACAUUCCUAG